CAUUUUUGUAUGUUUUCUACAAAAUUUCCAUUAUCAGGAGUAUUGCGAACCGCCAGAAUGGUCACCUCCACCGGCCCUGAAGCAGAACUGGCUCCUAUUGAGCAGGCGAAGAAACGAGCUGCGUUUGCCUGCGGUGAAAAAUAUGUGCAAAGUGGUUGCCGUCUUGGUGUUGGAUCCGGAAGCACUGUCAAGUAUUUGGUAGAAUAUCUUAAACAAGGAUUUCAGAAUGGAAGUCUCAAGGAUAUCAUCUGUGUUCCAACCAGUUUUUUGACAAAACAAUGGCUGAUUGAGUCUGGUCUCCCUGUCUCCGAUUUGGAUUCACAUCCAGAACUGGAUGUGUGUAUUGAUGGAGCUGAUGAAGUUGACGGACAGUUCACGUGCAUCAAAGGCGGAGGUGGAUGUCUGGCUCAAGAAAAAAUUGUUCAAACCGCUGCAAAAAACUUUUACGUGAUCGCUGAUUAUUUAAAAGAUUCCAAACACUUGGGUGAUCGCUAUCCGAAUGUCCCAAUUGAGGUUCUACCUCUUGCUGCUCAACCACUUCUACGUUCGAUUCCACGCGCUGAAGGUGGAAGCUGUCAACUUCGACAAGCUGUCAAAAAGUGCGGACCAAUUGUGACAGACAAUGGAAACUUCAUUAUUGAUUGGCAGUUCGAGAAAAACGUAUCCGGAAGAGAUUGGUUCGCGAUUCAGCAACGAUUGGCCAAUACACCAGGAAUUGUUGAAACCGGAUUAUUCAUCGGUUGCGUCGACGCAGUAUUCUUCGCGUACUCUGACGGAUCUGUCAAGGAAAUUGUCAAUUCCAAGAAGCACUGACUACUUGCAUCGAAUUUUGUUCAUAUUGAAAAUUAGUUGUUUCUUAUCACCACCACACUCUCCAAACUUCACUUUUCCUCUUCCCAGUUGUUGUGAAAAUUGUACCCAUUCAUUCCCAAUGUUCCUAGUAUACGUGUAGUUCUUAGAAUAGCCCCAAUAAAAAUUGUGUUGAAA